AUCCGAAUUCAUCGACACGCUACAUUUCAAGUGCAUUGUCACGAUAUAUAAAAGGUUAGCGCACACGGAGGCAGCAUACUUAGCGAGUGCGCGUGCGACGCGCUUCCUGAUCGCCAAGGUGAAGUGCGAAUAUCGAUAUCGGUGUCGAAAACAAACACGAAUAACGAGGAAUGAUUUAAAAAUAAAAACUUUGCGAAAAUCCUUUGUACGGCACGCGUGAUCUCAAGUAUAAAAUCUAAAAUCCAAAAUUGUUUGACAACAAAUAGCUUUUCAUUUUAAAUGUGUUUAAAUUAAAGUCCGCAACAAACCAGGUGAAUGACAAAAGGAACUUUUUUUUUUAAGAGAAAAAAUUGCAUUUUUUUUUAAUUUUGAGUGGUUUUGGAGUGAGUGACAAUGGUUGAGAGUGCAGAAAAAGAAAUUGUUCCAAAGCCUGAACGGCCUGUCGGCAUACGGCACCUGAUUGCCUUCCUCCUGUUCCUGGGGACCACGACGUCGUAUGCCACUCGUGUCAGCAUGAGUCUCGGCAUAGUGGCAAUGACCAACCCCAAUGACUACGGACAUCCAGUGUUCGAGUGGGAGAGGAGCGUACAAGACACGAUCUUGUCUUCCUUCUUCUGGGGCUACAUCAUGCUUCAGAUCCCAGCUGGUAUGCUAGCUGGCAGGUUCGGUGGCAAGUUCCUGGUUUUUGGGGCCAUGACCUGCACUGGCAUUGUCAACUUAAUAGUACCACUAGCAGCUGUUCACGGCGGGUGGAUAGCGGUAUGCGCCUGUCGUGUAGCCAUGGGCUUAACUCAAGGUCUCCUGUAUCCAAGUUUGCAUGGGCUACUGGGUCACUGGGCACCAGCUGCCGAACGCAGCCGAUUGGGAACCUUUAUCUAUGCUGGUGCCCAACUCGGUACAAUCAUCGAGAUGAUGACGUCGGGCAUUCUCUCCGCCAGCCGGUGGGGCUGGCCUUCCGUCUUCUACGUAGCCGGCAUUACCUGCUUGGUCUGGUCCGUGCUGUGGCUGAUCUUCGGAGCCUCCAGUCCGAGCACGAGCAAAUGGAUCUCGGACGAGGAGAGGAAAUACAUCGAAGCUAGUGCUGGUUCCGACGAGUUGACCGGCGAUGGUAUGCCGACACCUUGGAAGAGCAUUGUAACUUCUCUUCCGUUCUGGGCUAUCCUGUUCGCUCACUGCGGGCAGAGUCUGGGAUUCUGGACUCUUCUCACGGAGCUGCCUUCAUACAUGAACAAUGUCCUAGAGGUCGACAUUAAAAAUAACGGCCUACUAUCCGCACUGCCUUACAUGUCGAUGUUCAUUCUCAGCUUCGUGUUCAGCUGGCUGGCAGACUUUCUGGUUAACAGGAACAUUAUCACUUUGGUCACGUCCAGAAAGAUAUUCAACACCAUCGCGUUCUGGGGUCCAGCUGCAGCGCUUCUCGUGCUGUCAUACCUGCCUCCCAACAACCUGGCUCUAGCGGUCGUAAUAGUUGCAAUCGCUGUGGGCCUCAACGGUGCACAUUACGUAGGAUUCAUGUUAUCGCAUAUAGACCUGUCGCCAAACUUCGCCAGCACAUUACUGGGUAUCACGAAUGCUUGCGGGACCGUCUUCUCAAUCAUGGCACCGUUGAGUGUCACUGCAGUUGUUAAAGAUGAGAAACUCGCGUCGGAGUGGAGAAAGGUAUUCUUCAUAUCAGUAGCCUUGUACUUCCUGGGCAACCUGUUCUAUAUACUUUUCGUGUCUGGUGACAUCCAAAGUUGGAAUGAGCUACCUUCAACAGGAGAAGUUGAAGGAGGUGUGAAAAAGAAGACUACCAAUGUGACGGUCAGAAGACCCAGUAUCGGUGAACAGAAAUUCUGAUCAUAUCGAUAAAAUGUGCUAAGAACUAGUCAUAAUAUUUAAUUAGGACACCUGUGACAAUUAUGUCUAUCAAUCAGUAAUGGUACCUUGUGCGUAUUUUUUUUUGUAUGCAAUGUAACAAAUUGUUUCCUGGCCUAACUUUUUGUCAAACAGUGAGAUGCUUUCUUAUAUGUAUAUGAAAUUCGUUUUCCGCCUAGGACUUUUAAAAUUAAUAGGUAUAGAUCCAUUUUCCAUGAAAUUUGACUUUCUUUAUCAAUUCAGCAGAAUAAGGUUUACAGGAACUACUGUGUGAAUUGUUUCGAUAUCUAGUAGAAUAAUUAUCAAAAUCCUGGUGUAAGUACAACUUCAAAUAGUGAAAUUUCAAAUUCAUACUGAUUUAUAGAAUAGAAUAGAAAUAAAUUUAUUAGCCUUAAACACAGUCAGAUUUACAUAAAUAAAACAAGACGAAAUAGGCCAACUAGGUCCCUGCCUCAGCUUAAUACUACAGCAACACCAGGGCUGCUGCAGCGCUGAUAAUUCUGGCAGAGCCUAAGGUUGAUGACAGAGAUAAUAAAUAAAUAAUAAAACAACAAUAAUACACAAAAAUAACAACCAUACUAAUAAGUACAUAUCAAAGAGAAAAAAAAUGGAAUGGCUGACAUGACAAGUGCAAAGAUUUAAUAAAAAAAAGAAUGACUAAUCUGUGGGAGGACAGAGUAAGAAAGAAAGAAAGAAAACCAUUUAUUGGUUACACAGCUUAAGUAGGUACAUUAAAAUAAAACAGAAUAUAUCUAUAAAAAAAAAUAACAUAACCACAAAUAAAAACAAGAAAACUAAAUUCAGGUGUUGCUGUGCAGGGCCAACAGGUCGCUGUCUCAGCUAUGCUACUGUGGUAGUACUUUCGCGAUACCACAGCAGCGCUGAUUUUCAGCCAGCGCUUGAGCGAGUACACUGAACCUCAAAAAAAAAUUUAUACUGGCGACAAGAUUUCACUUAUUUAUACUGGCGACAUAAAGUUGUAAAUAAAUUAGAUAGGUCUCCAUUAAAAUGUAGGUAACAGAUAAAAAAAGAUCAUGAAAAUGUUGUUCAUUACCGAAUAAACACAAGACAGAAUGGACAGGAAAGCGAUAUUGAGAGACAAAAACUUGAUGUUGAUCAUGAUAAAGAAAUAAAAAUUAACGUAAUUGUUUACAGUGAUACUCAUAUUUAUAUUGAUUAACUUCAAAACUAUAGUAAGAUAGGAAUGAAAUGGGUAGAUAAUACAAAGUAUUAUUUAUUUUAUCUGAAUCAAAAUAAAAAAGUAACAUUUGGUGUUGUAAAACGAUGACAAUGACGUUAUGAUCGUGAUCUGUCAAAACCAUAGAGAAACGUUUAAAUUCUUUAUAUGCCUUUGAUUAUGUGUGCGUGUGUAGCGACUAGCGUAUCUACCAUAUGUAGUAGAUAUUUUGUGACGCUUCCGUUCAGUUAUUACAGUAUCUACGCAUGUAUAAAAUCAAUAUCUAAUCUUAGAUUAAAACAAAAAGGGUAGAUACGGCACUAGCCUCACAAAAGUGAUCCGCAAGAAUUGUGGUCCACGACCCUAAUCGCUUUAGUCACAACUUGACAUGCAAACGACGUACAUGAGAACGUCAAAAAGAAAUAUUGCUAAUAUUUUGUGUUUAU